AUGACUGAAAAGAUCUUUUUCCCCAGUCCAGGCAGGGCCAUAGCAGAAGCCUCCUCCCCUCACACGCUGUCUGUGCUGACUCACGGACUGUACCUGGAGGUGACCGCGGGCGCUGCCGGCCGCAGACGCUGCUCUGUGGCUCUCAGGCACUCAUCCCGGCCCGGCCCGGCGGCUCCGCAGGGGCUCUGCGGGCGCAGCGCGGGAAGCAGGCGCCGCUCCCGGCCCGCCCCGCCCCGCGGCCCCGGCGGGGGCGGAGCGCGGGGCCGCCGGCCCGCCCCGCCCCGCGGCCCUGCCGGUCACCGCCGGGCCCGUGGCACCUGUGCUGCUGCUGCCGGCCGUGGUGCCUGUGCGCCGCUGGCCCGGCUCCAUUCCGCUGGCAGCGGUCGGAGGGAAAGCGUCCUUACAGACGGGCAGGAACGGGACGCGCACACACGCAGUGCCUCCUUUGAGUCUCCCAGAACAUCCAACCAAGGUCUUCCUGUGGAGGGGCAGCAGCCAGGUCAGAACCUGCACUUUACCUGUGAGGCUGACUACCUGCAGCAGAUCUUUCACUAAGUGAAGAAAAAUUGUUCCUGGCAGUUGAAGGCUUGAAAGACAGGUGCCUCUGGCUACUAUUUCUACAUUCAGGCGUGGAAGGAGCUUGAAUAAACCUCACACUCUGUGGCUAGGACGCUUUUGGAGGCAAUCACACAAUCCUGCCUACCUGCCUUCCCAUUUCUUUAA